CAACCUACCAUGUUUGUAAUUCUUCUCUUUUUAUUUGCUCCAGUGGUUUUUUCUAAUAAUCUUGAAAAAGUUGCUCCGAAAAACGCUAUUUGUGAUGCAAAAGAAUUCUUUAAAGUUUUUGGAUGUAUUCAGGGUCUUUCUGAACUUAUAUCAAGUGUCGAUAAUUACAAUCUAAAAUUGGUAGAGGAUCGCGAGAAUUUCACAUCUUCUUGUAACGUAGUUUUGGAAUGUUUUUCCACUGAUUGCCUAAAUGCUCAUAAUUUGAAACUAUUCCUCGAAGCAUUUUGUGGAUAUUCCACGUUUCUAGAAACUGGAUUUCAAAAGUGCAAAGAAAAGAUGGAUGCUCGAAGUGAAACUCAAUGUGAGAAAUCGUUCAAAGCAUUUUUUGAAAAUAACAUGACUACUGAAAUGAAAUGUGAUUUGAUGAACAAUUCUCUGGAAUGCAUAAAGUCAGAAGUUACUAAAGUUUGUGGAAAAGACGAUGCAACGAAUAUCAGUCAAUAUCUUGCCAAAAUGAAUCAAGGAUUAUCGUGCGACAAUGAUAAAAUGAAGAAGUCUGAUAACAUAACUAAAACUAUAUCUUAAUUGUUGAAAACUGUUUUUCACUAAUUAUUGAUUUUUGUUUUCGAAUUAAAAUUAAAUUUUUGUGU